ACAAAGACGAAGAAGAAGUGAAUGCACUGGAUGAGAACUUACCAGAGGAGGGCUGUGAUUUUUUUUCCUCCCACUUCAUACCAUCCCGUUUUAAGGAGGGAUCGUGCUUUUCAUUUUAUGUUAUUUUUGAACUGAGAACACUUGGUUGGCCGUGUGAACCUUAAACAUCGAUUCAGCCGAAGAAGGAAGCGACCAAUACAACGGGGAAAAAAGGAGCUGCCAUAGCAGCUAGCGCCAGGUUGCGGAAAGUAAGUGUUGGCCUAAUGCACAGAUAAAGAUAACACGCGUCCUGAUGGUGUGUUUCUCAAGUUGAAGAAGCCCACCUGUCGCAGUGUGUCUCAUCUUCCGAAGCCGACAUGUCCAUCGCGAACACGCCCACCAGCAACGAUGCCUGCCUCAGCAUCGUGCACAGCCUUAUGUGCCACCGGCAGGGUGGCGAGAGUGAGAGCUUUGCCAAGAGGGCCAUUGAGAGCCUGGUGAAGAAACUUAAGGAGAAGAAGGAUGAGCUGGACUCGCUCAUCACCGCCAUCACCACCAACGGCGCCCAUCCCAGCAAGUGUGUCACCAUCCCUAGAACGCUGGAUGGACGACUGCAGGUGGCUGGACGCAAGGGUUUCCCACAUGUGGUCUAUGCCAAGCUGUGGCGCUGGCCGGACCUGCACAAGAAUGAACUGAAGCAUGUCAAAUACUGUCAGUAUGCGUUCGACCUCAAGGCCGACAGCGUCUGCGUCAAUCCCUAUCACUACGAGCGGGUGGUCUCACCCGGCAUAGACAUAUCAGGACUGAAUCUAACCAGCUCCAGGCCUGGCUCGGCGCUGAUGGUCAAAGAUGAGCAUGAUUUUGAUGGCCCCCAGAGCCUGCCCGCCAUGGAUGAGGGCCGUUCAAUGCAGACCAUCCAGCACCCUCCGUCGGGGGGCCGCCCGGGACCCUCCGACCUAUUCGCCCCCACCAACAUGCUUCCGCCCGCCGAGGCAUCCACUUCUGCCUCCACGUCAUCGUUCCCCACUGUCGCCACAGGAUCAGCUAGUGGCAACACCGUCUGGUCAAGGAACAACAGCUUCACCCCCAACACGCCACACCACAGCAACGGUCACCUGCAGCACCACCCUCCCAUGCCUCAGCCGGCACAUUACUGGUCAGUCCACGACGAGUUUGCCUUUCAGCCGCCCAUUUCCAACCAUCCUGCUCCAGACUACUGGUGUUCCAUCGCCUACUUCGAGAUGGACCUACAGGUGGGCGAGACCUUCAAGGUGCCGUCGUCGUGCCCCGUCGUGACCGUGGACGGCUACGUCGACCCGUCGGGCGGGGACCGCUUCUGUCUAGGCCAACUCAGCAACGUCCAUCGCACGGAGGCCAUAGAGCGAGCCAGGCUUCACAUCGGCAAAGGCGUGCAGCUCGAGUGCAAAGGCGAGGGCGACGUGUGGGUGCGCUGCCUCAGCGACCACGCCGUCUUCGUGCAGAGCUAUUACUUGGAUCGCGAGGCCGGCCGAGCCCCCGGGGAUGCCGUCCACAAGAUCUACCCCAGCGCUUACAUUAAGGUGUUCGACUUGCGUCAGUGUCACAGGCAGAUGCAGCAACAGGCGGCGACUGCUCAGGCGGCAGCUGCAGCGCAGGCAGCAGCCGUGGCGGGAAACAUCCCUGGACCCGGCUCAGUCGGAGGCAUCGCACCCGCCAUCAGUCUGUCGGCGGCAGCCGGCAUCGGUGUGGACGACCUCCGCCGCCUGUGCAUCCUGCGUAUGAGCUUUGUGAAGGGCUGGGGGCCGGACUACCCUCGGCAGAGCAUCAAAGAGACGCCAUGCUGGAUCGAGAUCCACCUGCACCGCGCCCUGCAGCUGCUGGACGAGGUGCUGCACACCAUGCCCAUCGCUGACCCCCAGCCACUCGACUGAACUCCUCACAACCGAGGGACUCAUUUUGCUUGUUGGUGUUCUCGUCGUUCUCGUCAGGUGGGUUUUGACGGUGCUGUAGUGUGAACCCAAAAUGACAUAUUUCAUCUGAAAGGACAAACAGGAUCGGUCAGACUGCUGGACUAGACCAGAGUGCUGUGUUUUCCACAUGAUGAACAUUUGUGACCCCCCCCCCCCUUGUUUUUACCAGCCACUUCAUUAGGUACACAUGCAUAAAUAGCUAAUAUCGUUUAAAGAUAUUUUCACAAGUAUUGGGGAGUAUUAGGGCCACAUUGUAAAGAGAAGAAAAACAUUUAUUUUACAAAAGGUGGAUAUUCCCCUCCCAAGAUGUUUGUCCAAGUAUGACGUGAUUUUUAUUAAGUCGCUAAAGUAAUAUGAGGAUAAAGUUUGACUUUUAAUGGAACAAAGACGCAACUUUAGAUCCUCUAAACUUUAUCCCGAUGAAACGCGUCAGCAGUAGAGAAAGACGGGUUAACACUGAAAAGGAAAAAAAACAAAGUACUGUAUUCUACAGGAAUAAAGUUGAAUUUAUUGCCCAAGAAAUAAAGCAGCAAUAUGUAAAUUUUACAAGAGGAAUAAAAUCAGAUUUUUUUUUUUUUUUUAAAGGAAGGAAAAUUGUAUCUUCAUGGGGACAAAAUGGGACUAUUGAGAGAAAAAUGUUUGUAUUUUAUGUGGAAAAAGAUGUAUUUUAGAGAGUAGUUUGAAUUUUAUCGGGAAAGCAUGAUGAAAAAAACGAACUGGUACUAUGACAAUGUUUUAAUUUUCAGAGAAUAAAGUGGAAAUAUUACAAAAUGAAUGGGGUGACAUGACAAGAAGUGAACAUUUUACUCAGUCAUUUUGGAAAAAAAGUGAGAUUUACAAGAAAAAAAAAUGUUAUGAAAAUAUCAGACUUUCGAUGAAUCAAUAGUUAAAAGUAUUCUGACAAUUACAGGUAGGUGACUGUUUAAAAUGUAAAGCCAGAAAGUUUAAUAUCUCAUGAGAUUGUGUGUUACCUAAUGUUGUGGCCAGUGACGAAUCCUCUUGUAUAUUAUCGGUUCACAAAAUACCAGCUGUAAAUCUACAUUUCCCGGCAGUUCUGGUACACUAUGUUGAUUUUUUUUUUUCCUCAACUUUUUAUCAAAUGAUUUUUUUUUUUUUUUUUUUUUUUGGUUUUAGCACUUUACUUUGACUUGGCUGUGUAUUUGUAUUGGAACACUAAGGAUGCCAUUUUGUUUCCCACCUUUUCACCCACAUAACACCUGAUGUUUCUGUUGCGGCUCGUCGGACGUGUUAUUUUUUUUUUAAAUCGGGUGUAUGUAAAUAGAAAUAUGUAUCAUCUUUGUAGUGCAUGCUGAUGUCAGUGGUCCCGCAUUUAAACUCACUCACGUUACAUGAAUAAAUAAAAUCAAUGAUACAAU